AUGUCUGAAGCUUGCAGUUCCAAAGAACAAGUCGAUUUUAUCCCUGAAGCACUGUCGGAAUUGGAGCAUUCAAUACAUGAAAUUAUUCGCAGGGAAGAAAGCAUCCGCUCUGCAGAGCGUCGGGUAAAGGAGCGGCGUCAACCGGAGGAUGCCUUUGUGUCCUCCGUAGGCACAAUGCUUGCUACCCAUGGGUCUCGACAUCUUCAUGAACAGACACGGUCCCCGCUCAAUACCGCUGUUCCAAAUAACACACCAUUUGUGACGCCCCUGCAUUCGGUUCCACAAUCUUUGUCUAUGAUGGUUGCAGCACAGAAACAGUCAGCCUCAGGAGCUAGACCAGCCAGGGGAUUCCCGACUAGAUCGAGCUCCUGCAACUUAUCUAUACUAAGCGAUUCAUCUGCGGAUGACGAGGAAUGCAACCUCUCUAGUCUGAGCUACCUCGACAAUCUGCUACCAUCUCCCUCUGUAGCACCGCAGGUAUACUCAAAGCCAUCGCAAAACGCGGGUCUAGGAAUCAUCGGAAUCACGCGUAAAAACGACGAUGCUCCGUUCGAUGGUCUUGGAAUUGUGGGAAUCAACUCUCCUUCGCGCAAGAGCUCUCUAAAGUCGGAUGCGGCCUCCAACGCUUGUGAAUUAUACGGAAAAUUCGCCGGUCACUCCAUAAUCGCGGACGAAUCAAGCGGUUCCCUAUCCGAUACCUUCCUCCAGGAAGUGUUGUUAACGUUCAUGGAGGAUCCAUUCCACUCUCGGAGCGGUAGCCCAAUCCCAGAUUGUAAAUCAUGGUACGAUUUAGAAUCCACUGCUGCACUUCAGAAACAACCUGUCGAUUUUCUGUCCGAGCAUCCUGCUACGCAUCCUUCUGCUCGAUAUCAUCGGUCAUGCCACAGAACACUAACCAAUCAGCCAAAGCUAACAAAACAUUUCUCUUCGGCAACCAUCUCAAGUGAGCUGAAAAGGAUUGACAAGGGCAAGGCAAGCGUGGCACACAUUCCACCCUCAAGGACAAGGUCUACCUCGUGGCCUACAACGGGGAAAAUUGGGUAUAGGGAUGGUCAUCCGGCUGCUUUUACCUCACGGAGCGCAUGGAGAAACUGA